AUGAUGCGCGGUGGAACUAAGCUGAUUAGCGCUCCCAUCAGUUGGGUCGCGAUCCCAAGACCAACUAGGUGUGUGUGUAGCCACAAGGUGCGCAAGUUUACAGGCCUCUAUUUACUCCGAACUGCUAACAACCCCCGUCCAUUGGCUGAAAUAUCUCCCAGUAGCAUUCCUUUACCCUAUGUGCGGCCAAGAUGCUCUGGAAUAUAG